AAAAGACAUUCGAAUUCUCUGUUCGUUGCUUCGUUACGCUCUUCUUCUUCUUCGUAUUUCAACCUCAGGGAGGGGGACGACGGGGCCCGGAUUGAGGAAGAGUGGAGAACAGAAUUACUAGGAGUGAAAAGGAGGAAUCAGGGAUUGCAAAUCGCUUUGUUGAUUGACAUGUGAUGGCUCUUCUUGGAUCCGCCAUGUCGAGUGAGGUUGGGUUGCGGUUGCUUCUCUGCCCACUUGGUUCAAAUAUUGUUAUCCGAACAGCUUGCUGUUCGGUUGGGGUUGUUUUACCUGUGUACUCUACAUUUAAAGCUAUUGAGAAGAAGGAUCAAAAUGAGCAGCAGAGGUGGCUUUUAUAUUGGGCAGUAUAUGGAUCUUUCAGCCUUGCAGAGGUGUUUGCGGACAAAGUAAUCUCCUGGAUUCCGAUGUACUACCAUAUGAAGUUUGCAUUUCUUGUUUGGCUUCAGCUACCGUCUACUGAUGGGGCUAGGCAAAUGUAUGUGAACUAUCUGCGGCCAUUCCUCUUGCACCAUCAAGCUAGACUUGAUCAAUUACUGGGCUUUACAUAUGGUGAAAUAACUAAAUUCAUCAGUGCACACCAAUCAGAAUUCCAGCUUGCUGGGGCCGUGAUUAUGAAGCUCCUGGCAUCAGCAACCCAAGUUUUAAGUGGCAUUGUUCACCCAUUGAAGCCACGAGGGCAUAGAGCAAUAGAAGGCCCAACAAGAGAAACAGAAGAUUCUGGCACAGAUGUAGAUGAUUGAAUCUUUCAAUCUCAAUGUUCUUUGAAAGCAAGCAUGAAUAUUCGGUAGGCCUUUCUGUAGGGGUCUGGAAACUGCAUUGGUACAAAAGAUGUAAAUAUAUACUCUUAGCAUUCCUCGGUAGGCACAGGAUCUCACACUUUCUCUUCCUAGCACACAUUAAUUGUCCAUCUUUUGCUCAUUAUUUUAUUUUAAAGCCAAGGGUUUCUAUAGU